UUGACUCAAUAUGAAGAUAAUAAAUAUAAGAAAUUAGUCAAAAAGUUUCACUAUCCAGAUAGAGAAGAAACAGAAGAAUGGAAAAGAUCGUUAGUGCUAAAUAAAACAAGUACCGUUAUUCCUGAUAAUGUCCUGGAGACAAUACAAAAUGGACUAGAUUUUAAUGGACCUAACCAAUGGAAUGCUUUGGACAUAAUACCAGACAUAGAUCGUAUAUGUAAUAAGUUAAAUGAUACAGAAUCAAAAAUCAUCAAAAUAAAUCUAGCAAAUAAGAUUGAGAAAUAUAUAACUAAAAGAAAUGGAAAAACCACUAUAGAAGAUAAAAAUUAUUAUAAAUAUAAAAAUAAUAUUGAAGAAUUACAUAACUUUUUAAAGAACAAUCGACUAGAAAUAAUCAAAGCAGAUAAAUCUAAACAAAUAAUUAUAGUUGAGCAAGAGUGGGUUAAAAAGAAAAAACAAGAAUUAGUUGAUAGUGAUAAAUUUAGAGAACUCCCAAUUGACCCCAUAGAAGUAAUAUAUAAAGAAUUAAAAAAUAGAAUUACCAAACUAUACAAACUAAAAAGCUUAACUAAAGAUGAAAAAGAAUUUAUCCUGAGCGAAAACAACGAUCGUACACCGAAAAUGAAGAUACAACUUAAAACCCAUAAAGCAGAUGAAUCCGUCCGUCCUAUAGUUGACUUCAGAAAUACAACGUUAUAUAAUCUUGAGAAAAUUCUAAAACAGAAACUAAAAAUAUAUCAAAAUUCUGAAUUUGCUAUUUAUAAUACUGAUGAACUAUUAUGUGAUAUUAAACAGAUAGAUAUAAAAGAUACAUACAGAAUUGCAAGUCUGGACAUAAUUGAUAUGUACCCUUCCAUAAUAUGGGAAAUAAUUGAACCAAAGCUGACACAACUUAAAAUUGAACCUGAAAUAAUAGACCUAAUCGAAUUUACCUACAGAAGCAACUACUUUGAAAUAAACAGUAAAUAUUACACACAGAAUAGUGGAAUUAGUAUGGGGUCCGUAAUAGGACCGAAACUAGCAGAGAUCAUAAUGAUAGAUAUAGACAAAGAAAUAAGUGACAUAUAUGGUAUAAAGUUCUACAGAAGAUACGUAGACGAUGUCCUAAUAAUAUAUGAUGAAGAGGCAAUUCCUGUCCUAGGUGCCUAUACCAUCAGACACAAUUCCGACGUUUUCUUGGAGGCAUCCUGGUGGUCUAUCGAAUCCGAUUGUAAGGGACUCCUCACAAUCGGAGUGCCUGUUCAGCAGUAUCUGCCGCCCGACGAGCCCUGUUUCAAUGUUCCAGUGCACGAGGAUGACGACGAGGAGAAGCAGGAGGAGGAUGACCGCUCAACAUCUGGCUCCAUAACCUUUGUCAUAGACUCCUGA